GUGAGGGUUAGCAACUGUCUUACAACAAACAUCACUUGGGUCAACUUGCGGACUGUCACGGUGUGUCUUGGUGGCGACGACGAACAAUGAAUUGGUUCGCUUCACUGUUCUCGACUGACCGUAAACAAUCUGUACGACGAGGACAAGCCAUGUCGACAACACAAGAGGCCUUCUCACUCCCAACUUCGUCAUCGGGUCAUGGGCGACAUCCAGACGCUUUCAACCCAGCGGCUCUUCAGACACCAGGACCAGUCAGUCCAACAUAUACAUAUCCACCGCAAUCCCCAAUCUCUUCAUACAGUUAUGUACCGACUUCCUUUCGCUCACGACCAACUUCACUCCUUCCUCUUCAUCACACACCCUUUGUAGAUUCAAUGACACAACCGCCGCCUUACCCUCCAUUAGAACAUACCUGGAAUCGCCUAAAACUAUGGCUAGCUCGUGAAUACCCAGAACUAGGCGAUACUCUCAACUACGGAAUUCUUCCACAGGACCUCGCACAAAUUGAAAUGCAAUUUGGUUUUGCACUACCGCAGGCAGUAAGGGAGUCGUAUCUUGUCGUGGACGGACAAGAAGCAGAAUCGUCAGCGGGCUGCUCAGAUGGUCUCUUCUUCGGCCUCUCGUUACUCCCCCUCGAAGCUGUCCUCGAGGAAUGGCGGUUUUGGCGCGAAGUCGAUGACGACCCUCAGACAGGAAGCAAUUCACGUCUGCGCGAUAUCAUGCGGUCCAUACCUGAUGGCUAUGUGCGGAAAGAAUACUCGCAGCGUGGUUGGAUCCCACUCGUCGUAGAUAAGGCAGGCAACUAUAUCGGCAUUGACCUCAACCCUGAUAAGGGUGGCGCCGUGGGUCAGGUAAUCGUCUUCGGACGCGAAUUUGACACGAAAAUAGUGCUUUGGCAUGGCGAUGGACCUGGUGGGUGGGCGCGGUGGCUCGCAAAUUUCGUCGAUGAAUUAGAGAGCGGUGAGGGCUUUGAGCUGGGACAGGGAGGAGAUAGCGAAGGCAGUGAGGAUGGCCUAGGGUAUGAGGCAUACUUCUUUGAUGGAAGUGGGCGGGGGCAAGGCGACGGUGGUGGGGAGGCCGGAUCGGGAGGACUGCGGCUCACCGGAGAGUAUAGAGGGUUGAAUCCAAUGGAGGCAUGGGCUGACCGGAGCGUUAAGAAAUGGUAUGAAUCAGGUUUGAUUCACGGAUCUUCGUCAUUGGAUGAGAAGAAGGGCAAGGCACGGGAGAGACAUGGUCUAGGUGUUUUGAACCUCGCUGACUCCGAUGCAAUUGUUCCUAUACCCGUCUUUACGGACUUGAAGCUCACAGAAGAGCCUACCGAUGUUAUACCACAGCCACCGCCACCCUUUCCCGCUAUCUCCAUCACAAAACCCCCAGCUCCGUUACCCGUAGACUUACCGACUGUCAACGACGUCGUCUCUCUCCCAUCGCCGCCAGAUUCACAGCGCUCGUCUAACGAGGAUCUUGAAGCGGGUCGUGGGCUCGGCAUGCAGGCAAUACCAACAGACGUGGUAAUCGUUAGAGUUCCUCCUAGACAAUCUCCUCCUGCGAAAGUAGAGACUCUUGUCAAACAGGUCAUCUCUACGGCAGACGACGUACAUAUAGAGACGCCACCCCCUUCGGUGGAAAACGUCACCGACCUCCUUGCCGACUCUGCUCCUGCUAUGGAUGCAGUCCCACUGCAACCCUCGACCCCCACUAAUGCAGUGGUAGAACUAGAGGUUUCUGUAUCAUCAGAGUCCAUUGUUACUUCGCGGCCGUCGCAAGAGGAUGCUCAAGAACCUAGCACGACUAUUCGGUUAGUCGGUGGUGGAGGCUCCUCUGGCGUUGUAGAUGCCAAUCCCGCAGACGAUGCUAUUUCCGACCCGGCAGCAAAUGCUAUAUCUGCGACUUCUUCAGGACCGGAUGGCUCUCCUUCCAAGAAGGGAAAAAUCCACGAGAAGAGCAAGUCGAGCCUGUCGUCGCUAAAGAAGAUUGUUAACAUUGGCGAGGGCAAGCGGAAAAAGGACUCGAGCAGUAACAUCAAAGAGACGAUAUGACCGCCACACGACUUACAUACCACGGAUUCGCAUUUUUGACUUGUUUGACGGACAUAGUUUGCUUAAUGCUUAUGUUCACGACAGCUGCGCGAGUGUGUUGUUUGAGUUCUAUUACUACCUUUUGUUACUACUACUCUGACUUUACUCCUUAUACUCCACUCGUUGCGUUACAUUGCAAUUUUUUGUCUGAUAUACCCAUACGUAACUACAAAUCAUUAUCAGCGUUGCUCUGUGAUUUCAGCUAAUGUAAUUUUCCUGGAGACUCA